AUGAUGGAUUCUCUUGAAGAGAAAUGGAAGGGACUCAAACUCUUGGAAGAGGAGAGAGUGGGUACUGAGCUCGAGGAAGACUCUUCGACCGAAUUAAUCUAUAAAGAACAGAGAACUGUGUUGGAAAAAAUCUAUGCAUCGAGACUAAUCAGUAAUGAGGUGUCAAUGACAAAAGUCUGGAGGAUCAUCAAGGCUAUGAAGUUUACAGAGGUAAGCCCGAAUGUUUUUGCUAUUGUUUUUGAGAAUGUUGCUGACAAAGUGAGAGUAUGGGAAGGGAGGCCCUGGUUGUUUGAAAAUCAAGUCUUAGUGCUGAAGGAAUUUGAGGGAUACAAACCUUUACAUAGAGUGAACUUUGAUACCGAAUGUUUUUGGGUAAGAAUCCAUAACUUGCCUAUCUCCCAUAACUUGCCUAUCUCUUGUAUGACCAAAGUUAGGGAUGAACAAAUUAGGGGUACGGUGGGCAAGGUAGAGAGGGUAGAUGUUCAAGAAGAUGGAAGUGGCUGGGGAAACUUUUUGUGGGCUCAAGUUCUCUUGGAUCUGACUAAACCUAUUGCAAGGGGGAGAACUCUAACAGUGAGAGGGAUUAGUUUCUGGGUUCCCUUAAGUUAUGAGAAGUUUCCAAAAAUAUGUUUUUCAUGUGGAUGCAUGGUCCAUGGAGUGAAUGGGUGUUGUGGAGAUCAAGGGAACAAUGAGGGGAAGGAAAAGCAAUACGGUUCUUGGCUGAGGGCAAAGCAGAUUCCUAGAUAA